AUGGGCAGUUCUGAUGUACUAGAUUCUUCAUCCACCGCGAUCGCAGGUAAUGAUUCAGCUCCAGCUGCAGAGAAGCCACGUCGGAGGAAGGCGAAGGAAGCCGCAAGUGGUGAACCUACUCAAGAGGGGCUUUCUGGAACUACUGAGCCUACACAAGAAGCUUCUGUAAGCAGUGUCAAGAAAGGCCGACCAAAGAAAGAAAAAGAUGCAGCCAAAUCAACGACGACAGUUAAGCUUCCAAGACAAAAGCGGGCUAAGAAAGCAAAAGAGAACGAAACUGCACCCAAGCCGAAAGCUCUUCCCGUUCCUACGCCGAACCCACCGACGUGGAAACUAGUACCUAUGCUCAAACCCAAGGUCAAACAGGCGAAAUUUACUUCCACGGACGUACAAACCAAGGUGUCCGGGCCGACAGGUACUGUUGCGCCAAAAUUCACACCUAGAAUCUGGUCAAGCAGCAGAGAUGAACUUUUCGCCGUUAUGCCUGAGCUGACUGGAACGAAAUGCGUGAACGGAGUCUCAUGGAUGUGUUCCCAGAACCCAUAUAUUUUGCUCGAGGAAGCCGGGAAGAGUUUUGGUGUAUCUGCUGGAGAUGGAAAACCGUGUUUUGGAGUUGACAACGUAUGUUAG